AUGGAUGAAGCAGGCAUCAUGGAAGGACUUGGGGAGAAUGGCCUGGUCGUUGGCAGUGCUGAAAAACGAUCUGUACAAAAGAAGACGCCUGGUUCUCGGGUCUGGACGUCGUUCAUCGAGUGCGUGUCCGCUGCCGGCACCUUCCUCCCUCCACUCGUCAUUUUCAAGGGCAAAUCGGUCCAGCAACAGUGGUUCCCAGAAGAUCUCAGUACUUUUAGUGACUGGCAAUUCACUGCGACAAAGAACGGCUGGACUUCGGACCAAACUGCGGUGGAGUGGCUCGAAAAGGUGUUCAUUCCAAGAACCCAGCCACCCGACCCUUCGGAGCGAAGACUGCUAGUAUUGGACGGCCACGGAAGUCACGAGACGGUUGACUUCAUGGUGGCUGGAAAGCGACGGGUUUGUGGCCGGUGUCGAUGGCGAAGCCACUUUGAGCCCUCUUCUGCUGGAGAACAGCAACAGACGCAAAAGAACGCGAAAAAUGUGGCCAAUGCAUUCAAUAGCCACUUACCCACCAGUGACUGGCAAUCAGACACAUCCCAGAUUGCGUGGUCGACCCCGAGGCGCUCGCAAGAUCUGAAGGUUCAGGUAGUUCAAUUCAACCAGCUAGACGACGACGUGCCCACGAAGAGAUUGCUGUUCAGGAAGAUCACAAAAGGGUUUGACGAGAAGGAUGGCCUUUUAGCAAAAGCUCAAUUGCAGAUUCAGGCACUGGAAACACAAUUGGCGGCCGUCAAGCCGAAAAAAAAGGAAGAGGGUGGUCACGAGCCCGAAUUCGAGGUUCGCCAAUAUUGA